CCGAACGGCCGGCAGUAUGGCUACCUCCCCGUUCAACUCCCAAAUGUUCGGCAGUUCUUUCACCUCCCCGUUCGGAAACCGAACGGUUGGCAGUAACAGUACCUCCAUGUUCGGCUCCCGAACGUUCUGCAGUUGUCUCCCAUUCACCAGUUCGCCUACCUCCACGUUCGCCUCCCGAACGUUCGGCAGUUUCCGCCAGUUUGCUGGUUCGCAUACCUCCACGUUCGCCUCCCGAACGUUUGGUAGUCUCCGAUUCGGUUCCCGAACCUGCAGCCUGCACCUCCAGCCUCGCUUGACG